GCAAAGCAGCCUGCAUCCUCACCACUCAGCCUCUCAUGAGGAUCCUCAGGUCCAGGGAGGCGGCUGCCAGCGUCAACAUCAAGACGUGGCCAACCAUCAUUGAUACAGAUGAUCUCCCCAGGAAGCGGCCUCCACACUUCUAUAAACCCCCCACAGCGGAGAUGCUGGCCUACCUGGACUUCAGUGUGUCCACCACAGGCAUGCUGACUGGAGUCAAAAUGUCUCAUGCUGCAGUCAGUACUCUGUGCCGCUCCAUUAAGCUGCAGUGUGAGCUCUACUCCUCACGACAAAUAGCCAUCUGCCUGGACCCAUACUGCGGCCUGGGCUUCGUCCUGUGGUGCCUCUCCAGUAUUUACUCAGGUCACCAGUCCAUCCUUAUCCCUCCCCUGGAGCUGGAGAGCUCCCUGCCUCUGUGGCUGAGCACGCUCAGUCAGUACAAGAUCAGAGACACCUUCUGCUCCUACUCUGUCAUGGAGCUGUGCACCAAAGGCCUCGGCACCCAGACAGAGAUGCUGAAGGCGCGGGGUCUGAACCUGUCGUGCGUGCGGAGCUGCGUGGUGAUAGCGGAGGAGCGGCCCCGUCUCACUCUCACUCAGUCCUUCUCCAAGCUUUUCAAAGACCUUGGCCUGUCGUCGCGCGCCGUCAGCACAGCUUUCGGCUCCAGGGUCAACUUGGCCAUCUGCCUACAGGGCACUGCGGGACCAGACCCCUCCACCGUCUAUGUUGACAUGAAGUCUCUGCGUCACGACAGGGUGAGACUGGUGGAGCGAGGAGCGCCACAGAGUCUUCCACUCAUGGAGUCCGGCACUAUCCUACCGGGAGUGAGGGUCAUCAUCGUCAACCCAGAGACCAGAGGCCCGCUGGGAGAUUCACAUCUUGGAGAGAUCUGGGUGAACAGUCCUCAUAGCGCCAGUGGCUACUACACCAUCUACGGGGAGGAGAGCCUGCAGGCCGACCAUUUCAACACCAGGCUUAGCUUUGGGGAGCCCCAGACUCUGUGGGCCAGGACGGGCUACCUGGGCUUCAUCAAGAGGACGGAGCUGCUGGAUGCAAGUGGAGAUCGUCAUGAUGCCUUGUUCGUGGUGGGGUCUCUUGAUGAAACGUUGGAGUUAAGGGGGUUGCGUUAUCACCCCAUCGACAUUGAGACGUCUGUGUCCCGAGCCCACCGCAGCAUCGCAGAGAGUGCUGUGUUUACAUGGACCAACUUGCUGGUUGUGGUAGCGGAGCUGAGCGGCUCGGAGCAGGAGGCCUUGGACCUGGUGCCCCUCGUCACCAACGUGGUGCUGGAGGAGCACCACCUCAUUGUUGGGGUGGUGGUCAUCGUGGACCCCGGGGUGAUCCCCAUCAACUCCAGAGGAGAGAAGCAGAGGAUGCACCUGCGAGACUCGUUCUUGGCCGACCAACUGGACCCCAUCUAUGUGGCCUACAACAUGUGAACACCUUUCUUCAACUGAUGCAGAAAACUGAGCCAAGCUCCGAGGACAGACGGGAGGGAGAAAGAACCGGGGUGUGUUCAGUAGCAGCCUGGAUGUAAAACCUCAGACGCACGUUCAAAACACCAAACAAUGUGGGAAUGAGAGCACAGUACCAGCAGUGUAAUGAGAUCGUGCUUCCCUCUCUGAAACUGUUCCUUCUUUGCUUCUACCUGCUCGAUGGCUGCAGUCCAGGUUCACUGAGAUUCUUUCUCCUCUUAAAGAGUUGAUCUUCAUCCUCUCUGUGCAUCCCACUCCUCCCUCAUCGCUCAAAUUCACGUUUUUUAUAAGACAUUUUUAAUUAACUUACUUUCAUCAAAGAAAGAAAUGUUACCCCCCUUCCAUUCCUUGGUUUUUAACCUGAAGCAUUCAUCCCUGUGUGUUUUCAUUUUUUAACCCCUCCUGCGUUCUUAAGGGCAGGAUGGUGGAACUGGAACUGCUGAGAGGAGCUGGAACUUUCCCCUCUUGCACUUUGAAGUCCUUGCACCUCUGAGUCCACUUCCUGUCUCACUCACCUGCCUAAAGAGGACACCCCCCCCCCCCGCUACAAGAGCAAAUCCACAUCAGUAUUAACAAGUGCCACCAGCGAGUGCAGCCCACAUGUUACCUUCCUACAACCAGGAGCACAGUGGCUCUCACCUCUCAUCACAUACCUGUGUUCGUCAGCGUUCACACAAAAUGUUCAAAAACACACACUUGAAUCAUUUUGUUGUGCGGGAAAAGAAAUUGUCUCUUCAUAAACACACAAAUCAGAACAGUGAGGAUGAAACUGAUUUUUCAGUGUCAGUAGGAGUUGAUCCAUUAGAUAGUUCUUAUGGUUGUGAUAGAACUAAAGGAGAAGAAUUAAGAAAUCUCAUUGCAUUGCUGGUGUUUAGGUGGAAGUUAAUCAGUGUCUGCAUGCAGGCCAAAAAACAAACAAACAGACGAGCUCAGCAGUCACAGAGCAGUAGAUCAGAUGGUUUAGUAGCCUCAUGUUUUAGCAUCACGUGACGCAAAGCUGAAAAAGAAAUAAAAACCCAGAUCUUUGAAACACCUUGAAGGUCUUUUAAAAACACCUACACAAGUCAUUGACCUUCACAGGUGAUUUCCUGUCCUCUCAAAGACUCUUCAGAACACCUGAAUGAGUAAAUGCAUUGUCUGUUCCUCACUGAAGAACAUUUUUAACCCUCUUCCCAAGCUGCAGUUUAUCAGUUUAACUGAUAGUAAAGUCUUGUUUCACAUAUCGUACAAAUUGAACACGGACAUGCGUCAUUUCUCCAUCUGUGUGUGGGGUUAGUUAGCUUGUUUUGAUAAUUAACCAUCUUCUAGUUUGAACUGAAGUGAUCUGUUAGCUUUGAGUCUGUCAAAGCAAACAGCAUUUUUGUCGAUGAAUUAAAUGUGGAUCAUCAGAAGGCAAGUCAGUGCCUUUUCUUUACUGCACCAUUGUGACAUUCACAAAAACAACAUAUAGAAUAAGAUCUGGAGAAUGAGGACGUACCUCUGCCUUACUACACCUGUGGAAUCCAGUACUUCUUACAUUUAAUCUCACAUAUCUGGCUGUAAUGUUGGAACUUCUCCACCGUUGUUCACAUCCUGAAUCAAAUUCUAGAUAUUACUCAAAACUCUCAUAUUGUUUGUUUGGUUUUUUUGUAGAGGAGGGCUUGAGGGGGGUGUCUUGUUCUUUUUUUUUAAUUUUGGCUCAUGCCCUUUUCAUUUCAUCAUUUAAACCAAUUCUCUCUGAAUGUCUGCAACACAAAAAUAUAAGGCAAAUUAAAAAUGAACAGCAAUCAGUAAGCAACUCAUGAUUUAAAUGGCAGAAUCCUCCUUAAAGAAGGAAGGCCAUGAUAAAUGAGGGUAAUAAGGAUGUUGUCUGUAUACUGUAUCUUAGAGGUCAAAUACUGUAUUACUGGUGUUAAUGUGUACAUGGAAAUGAACUUUGUAGAUCGGAACAAAAAACUUGACUGAUCUUUCAUACUUGACUGCAUUUUUAAUUUAACUGUAUCACAUUGCAAAAGAGAAAAAAACAGUUUCCGAUUAUUUUGGCAGGAACAAUGUGCACUUUCCCAAUAUCAUUUUGUGCGUUUGCUUAUGUUUGUGUGUAUGUGUGUACAAGAAGGAAUGUGUGUGUCCAGUUAAACAUUGAUAUUUAGCUUUUCUGGUGCAACAAUGUUUGUCUUUUGUAAGAAAAUGAUGCCAGAAUAUUAAACCUUUUUUUUUUCUUCUUUUUUUUAUGUCGCCUCCACUGUAUUUUUUUUUUUUUUAGUUCUUUUCAUCCAUAAUUGGAAUUUUAAUAUAUUUUGUAGGGGUUUCAUCAUUAUUUCCUGAUGUAAUCUUUUGUUUAAAACUGCACAACUUGUGCAAACAGCUGGUUUGGUUUUCGAAGCAGCUUGGCACCGUACAGCACAUCUGUAAACCACUUUUCAUUCAGUGACGGACACUGACGACGUGUAUGCAAACCAGUAUCUGGGACACGUUAUAUUCAUGAAUAACAAACUGAAGC